AUGCCAAAGCCAUCCCACGUCGCCAGCAUCGUCCUCUUUCUCCUAUCUUUUUCAUAUACCUAUGCAAUCCCUGGCCUGGUCAUAUUAACGGUUACGGUAACUGUCCCUGGCCCAGGCCUAUUACCCACACCACCCAAAACAUCACCCACCAUCCCGCCCUCAUAUGCUCCCGACAGAGUAUUCCAAAACACUAUCCUCGCCGUCACAAAUAAAUACAGAUGGGAUCAUAACGCCACAGCUCUCACAUGGAACUUGACUCUCGAAUCUAGCUCGCGGCGUUGGGCACGUCAAUGCCGCUGGGCCCAUUCUACCAGUGGUGAAAACCUCGCCAUGGGCUAUGCAAACGUCACCACCCCCGUCCAGGCGUGGGGUGAUGAACGAGCUCUUUUCAACUUCAAUAGACACAGCUUCACGCAUGAGACGGGCCAUUUUUCGCAGCUUGUCUGGAAGGGAACCAGGACGGUUGGGUGUGCGAGGUUCUAUUGUGGGGAUUAUGCGGAUCGUGGGAAGGAUGAUGAUGCGUAUGGUUGGUAUGUUGUGUGCCAGUAUUUUCCGGUGGGGAAUAUUAUAGGGGGAAAGUUUUUUGAGGAGAAUGUUCAGGCUAAGGUGAGUGGUGUUGCUGGGAAAACGGAGUCUCAAGUGUAUGAGGUGUGGGCGUUGGGGGUGAUGUUACUUGCGGCCCUUGUUGCGGCCUUUGGGGUGGGCUAG